CCAACCCCAUGGAUAAAAAUGUCAUCGCGGUAAACACCGUGGAGGAAAAAAGAGAUGUGUCAACAGGGAUCAUCUAUAGAAAGAGGAUUGCAAUCUGUCGGAAUGUGGUUCCAGAAAUUUUAAGGAAGGUGAGCAUUUUAAAGAUACCCAAUAUCCAGUUAGAAGAGGAAUCGUGGCUCAAUCCCCAGAAAAGAAGCAUGGCUAUCCAGAGUCACUGCCUUACGUGGACACAGUAUGCAUCCAUGAAGGAAGAGUCUGUCUUCCGGGAAAGUAUGGAAAAUCCAAAUUGGUAAUUAAUGAGUAGAUUUCCCUAUGGAGGGAAAACGGCAGAGCUCACCUCCUUUCUGGCCACCCUGUUCAAUCCUGGUGUCUUUGCCUUCUCCAGA